UCGAGAGCUAGUGCGUUGAUUUUUUGCAGCUCAAGAAUUUCCGUUCCUAAUGUGCGCUCCGCCAGUGAUGACGUUUGGUCAAAAGCUGCGUUGCUACCAGCUGUUCGCACAGCCGUCGCACAGAGAUUGAAACGGUAGACGGUUUUUGUGUAUUUGUGUAUUUGGUAUAACUGCGGAUACCCAUGGCACACUUUGGCCAAUGCAAACAGCUGCGUAAUGACUCCAGAAUAAGGGCGACUUAACUGGAGGACUGGUACUGCUCGCCUGAAAUAUCGGAUCCGUCGGCGAUAUAAAUUAUAUAACGAGUCGAGAAGACUGAUCACUGAAAUCUGGGAAUUGUUGCUGUUUUAGCGAAAAACCGCUGUAGUCCAAAGUUUAUAGUUUUCUGCCCGGUUUUCAGGCCUCUUCUUCGUGUGCGUGCUGGGAGGUGGGCCGAGGGGCGCGGCGGCAGCAUGAACGUGGGCACGGCGCACAGCGAGGUCAACCCCAACACCCGAGUGAUGAAUAGCAGGGGCAUCUGGCUGUCCUACGUCCUUGGCAUUGGCCUGCUGCAUGUCGUGCUGCUCAGCAUCCCCUUCGUCAGCGUGCCCGUGGUGUGGACUCUCACCAACAUCAUACACAACAUGUGCAUGUACAUCUUCCUGCAUACGGUGAAAGGCACCCCCUUUGAGACCCCAGACCAGGGCAAAGCUCGUCUUCUCACGCACUGGGAGCAGAUGGACUACGGCGUACAGUUUACUGCCUCGCGCAAGUUCCUCACCAUCACGCCGAUCGUACUGUACUUUCUUACAAGCUUCUAUACAAAGUAUGACCGCAUCCACUUUGUCAUCAACACCGUCUCCCUGCUCACUGUGCUCAUUCCCAAGCUUCCUCAGCUGCAUGGGGUCCGAAUCUUUGGGAUUAACAAGUACUGAUCUUUGGCAGAAUCUCAAUCUCCCUUCCUGGUGCGGUUGUCCAGCUCUGCUCUCCUUGGAUUGCAACCAAGGACGUCCCGUGUUCCUCUGUGACUCUGAAGGGCCUGUGACAUCAGGACUUGCCCAACCUCAGUACGAGGCUCUUUUUCCUAAAGCUCUAGUGAAUGAAGUUCAAGUGUGGCAGGAAGUGAUGCUAGAUGGCAGUGGCAAUAUGGUGUGGCUCAUCCAAAUUAAAGGCUUCUCUUUUGUUUGUUGAAAUCUGAGCUACUUCUGAGAAAGAGCUUGACACCCAUUGAGGUACUGAGGAUGGACUCUUCCGUUGCUCGUUCAGUCUGCAUAAAGUAAGCUGGGAUAGCGUUUCUUCUAAAUGUGAAACUUGAUGACAAUCGAUGUAGAAUGUCUUCCUUUCAUGAUCGUCCCACCAAGGAGCGCACUGUCCAUGGCUCUGUUGACCUUCUCUGCUUCAGUGGUUCGCUCUUGAGGACCAGAAGCUUCAGUUGGCCUACCGACAGUCCCUGUGUAUCUCUUGUGUGUGUGGCCGGCUGAGCAACUCUGGGGUUCAUGAGAAGUGUGGCUUUACAAUAUGAUACAGGGUUUUUUUUAUUUUUAUUUUAUUUAAAAAAAUGAAAAAUUCACUUAGCCUUACCAGUGCUAGGUGGCAGGUACUGUCUGAUUAGUUAAGGGACGUGUUACAGGUCAGAUGAAUUUAGCAGACUCAGAAAGGGACUUUACUUGAAAGUAAGUUCCCAGCUUUUUGCUCAGAUCAGACCUUCGUUUUGUUGCCUUUAAUAAUAUAUGCCCUGACCUGAAGCCCUCUGCAGUGCCACAAUAUUGAUCACCAAGAAUGAUUUGUUUAAAGAACAUUAGCUGAAAUGUGUGUUGUGUUUAGGAAGGUCUGCUUUAAGAAAAUCCUGCAAUGUUACACCUUCAUACCAGUGGUAACAGUAGAUGCUAUAAUGGGCUAUAAUAGGUGUUAAGGAAUCUAGAGUCCGCAGGGUCUUCGAGUCACCAUUAACAUUUAAACUGUCAAAGCUUCCGCACACUAACUAAAACCAGGAAGCAUAGUGUAUAGGUUCUGUCAAAGCGGGGAGGUUUUCUGGAGCAGAGUGUGCAGAUGAGUAGGCUGGAGCCCAUGGACACACAGACUGAAUGGGCAGAGAUGGUGAUGGAUGGUAAUGUAUUUGCAGCAGUAUAAUCCAUAUCCCUGCAGUGUUCAUGAUUAUUCAUGGAUAAGGUGGUGUGCCCUUUAAAAUGACAAAACCAUGUAAUGGAAGAUGGAGCAGAAACUGACUAGCUCUUGGACUACGUUUGGCUAACCAGUGCAUUUUUUUUGGGG